ACUUGUCUUGUCGGCGGUUGGAGUUGUCAGAAGCAGGACGACUGUUCGUCUUUUUAUCACUUUCGCUUUCUACGUUCACGAGUUAAUCGCCCUUUUUCGUAACUUGGCUCUCCACGAAACCUGCCAUCUUUAUGACUCCGUCAAGAAAAGGAAAAUAAUGCUGAAAAUAUUCCGAUCGGCGGUACUUUGUUUAUUGUUGGUGUUGGGGACAACUGUGCCGAGUGGGACAUGCUGGACUUUUGUGGAGGAUGCCUUCACCAUCCAGCACUCUGUCACAGGAAACUGUUUAUCCGUUCAGAACUCAAAAAGUUUAGGCCUCUCGGCGUGCAGCCCUAACAGCACUACCCAGUUGUGGAAGUGGGGCUCGGGUCACCGCCUCUUCCACGUGGCGACCACUCUGUGCUUGGCGGUUGACGUUCAACCCAAGACUUUAACCCUGGUAGACUGUGACUCCGACCGGCCCAUAUGGUGGCGCUGCACGGACGACGCAGUGUUCACCGUCUACCAAAUGAGCCUGGUGGUCAAUGACGGUCGGUUAGGAGUUAAGCGAGACACCCGUGACGAUUGGAUGAGAGGGGGCUCUCAGGAAAACAUCUGCCAGAAGUCGUAUCGUGUGAUUCACACCACCAACGGGAACUCUGCCGGGGCUCCCUGCGAGUUCCCCUUCAAGUACAACGGAAGCUGGCAUCACGGGUGCAUCCCAGAUUCGGACCUGCCGGGACUCUCCUGGUGCUCCACUACCUCCGACUAUGAUCGCGACAGAAAGGACGGGAACUGCUUGAAACCUGAGAUGGGUUGCCAGACUCUGUUCAGCGGGCCGGAGGGGAACUCCUGCUAUGAGUUUGUUCCCAACGCCGCAGUUACCUGGCAACAAGCGCUGGAUUCCUGUCGGAGCCAAGGAGCGGACUUGUUGAGCGUGUCCUGCCCGGAUGAUCUCCACUCCUCGACUAUUUUAGACGGCCUCAACAUGAUGCCUGAGAGAAUGUGGAUAGGCCUCCAUCAGUUAGACACGUCGCAAGGCUGGCAGUGGUCGGAUGGCUCUCCAUUGUCAUACCUGCGCUGGGAAGCAGGAAUGCCGCCCGUCUCUCAAAUCAUUGAGUCAGACUGUGGAGUUCUGAACUCCAAGCACAAUUACGAAGCGGAAGCAUGUAGCAAACAACUUCCAUACAUCUGCAAGAAGAUCAUCAAUGCUACUCAGUCAACACCAGCGGAGUCACUCUUGUAUAAAGACACAACGUGUGCUUCCGGUUGGGUCCCGUGGAAUGGCUGGUGUUACAAGUUAGUGACAGACAACCCUUUAAACUUCACUGAAGCACAGAAGUUCUGCAACCAGACUGUCGGAGGAAGCUUUCUGGCAAGUCUUCACUCCAUUGACAGCAAAGAGAUGAUCAGCACGAGUUUUCCCGCAGAUAACGUGUGGAUCGGUCUGGUCGGAGAGGGCGUGAAUCACACUGUUUUCAAGUGGUUGGACGGGACGCCAAUCACGUUCACGUUCUGGGGCCCAAAUGAGCCGGCGCAGUCUUUGCAGGAUACCAGCUGUGUUUUCUACUCAUCGUCUCACAGUUGGAGUGUCAGCAACUGUUCCGAGCCACGAGCAUUCAUGUGUCAAACCAAAGGAGAGGUCAGCGAAUCAUCGGGGGUUGCCAGCUGUCGCUUUGAGGACGGCUGGAGGAGACAUGGUAACUCCUGUUACAGAGUGAACACCACAAAAGUGUCCUUCAAAGAUCGCUGUGACAUCACUAUCAGAAACCGAUUUGAGCAAGCCUUCAUCAGCCGUUUGCUAGGAGAUUACAUUGGUACCACACCUCAGUAUUUCUGGAUUGGACUACAGGAUGUUAAGAACACAGGGGAGUAUAAGUGGCACAGCCUGGAUGAUUCCCAAAGUGAACUUAUGUACACCAAUUGGGGUGCCUCUGAACCAGAACUGGAUGGCGGCUGUGCUGUGAUGACGACCGCAAACCACCUGGGCAAGUGGGAGGCGAAAAACUGUACCAACUUUAAGGCCGGCACCGUUUGUAGGACAGACCUCAGUCCUGUUAAACCAGUCGUGCCAGAGCCAGAUACCACCUCGCCGUGCCCGAAAGGAUGGAUAUCAGUACCAAAUGGAAAAUACUGCUUUAAGGUAUUUCACGAGGAAAGGCUGAGUCGCAAACGGUCUUGGGAGGAAGCGGAAAGGUUUUGUCAGGCCCUUGGAGCCAACCUGCCUAGCUUCACCAAUAUGGAUGAGAUGAGAGCACUGCACGAGAUCAUGAGAGACACCAUCAGUGACGACCGCUACUUUUGGGUCGGCCUGAACAGAAGAAACCCAGCCGACCGUUCUUGGAGAUGGAGCGACGGUCGUCCAGUCUCUAUGGAUGUUUUACAUCACGACUUCCAUGAGGAUGAUGCGUACAGUCGGGACUGCACUGCAUUUAAGACGAUAAAGAGAACCAUGAAGCACAUCUACAUGUUUUUACUCCACGACAUGCUUCCUGCGUCUUUUUUUGCUUCGCCAUUUCACUGCGAUGCCAGACUGGAAUGGGUUUGCCAAAUUCCUCGUGGAAAGACUCCAAAGAAUCCAGAUUGGUACAAUCCAGGUACACACCACGAGACAUCCAUCUUCAUCGACGGUGGCGAGUAUUGGUUUGUGAACGAGCCUCGGCUGACUUUUGAGGAAGCCAUCCUGUUUUGCACCACGAACGGCAGCAAAUUGGCGUCACCUUCGAGCCCUACUGCCGCAAGACUGAUCCACCAGAACUUGGCAAAGAUGUCAAGUUCUCCCAGGCAAGGCUGGUGGGUCAAUCUGAGAGAUCCCAGGCGGUUGUUUCCCAUAACGCAUCCACGUCUGCAAUACUACUAUCCAGCUCUCUUUGGCAGAUGCACCUCCGUCAAUCCUCAGAGCUCCUAUCCAAAGUAUGAGCACAGUUGCAGGGAGCGAUUGUCCUUUGUGUGCGAAAGGCUUAACGUCACAUCUGUGGAGAACAAUCCAUUGGAUCCUCAUCCUGGAGGGCUGCCAUGUGGAAAUAACUCAUUAGCCUUCAGAAAUAAGUGCUACACACUGCUGCAGAAGGUGAAGCCAGAGUCCUUCAAAACUGCCAAUGAGGCUUGUCUGUCAGUCAGGGGAACUCUGGUCACAAUAGCUGACCAAGUAGAACAAGACUUCAUCACCAGCCUAUUGCCGGAUAUUAAGGACAUGACAACCAUAUGGAUUGGUCUGAAACAUAAAAGCUACAAACUGGAGUGGCUGGACAAGUCGCCAGUCAAUUACGUCAAUUUCAAUCCGUUGCUGGUUGGAAUGCACAAAGCCAUAAACGUCAACACAUUUGACCCUGACAACAUGGAUCUGUGUGUAUUUUUAAUUAACAACCCUAACCCGGGCCUGAUGGGUACCUGGGACUACACUUCCUGUACCCAGUAUCAACAUGGUGCACUUUGCCAACACUAUGCAGAUCAAAUGGAGGAGCCCUCCAUCCCCUUGGAGCCCUUCCAGGUCAACAACCACACAUUCCAGCUGCUGGUCCAGAAUCUGACCUGGUUCGAAGCCUUGGAGCAGUGCAUGAAACUUGACAUGGACCUGGCCAGCAUCGCCGACACCCUCCUGCAGUCUACGCUCAGCGUGCAUGUGAGCCGUGCACGGAAGCCCAUGUGGAUCGGUUUCUUUAGUGAUGAUGACGGGAUCCACUACCGCUGGACGGACCACAGUCACACAGUCUUCAGUCGCUGGUCCUCUGACGUCACCGCCGGCUCGUGCGUUUACCUCGACACGGACGGCUUCUGGAAAGCCACCGAGUGCGAGCAGGGCCUCGGCGGCGCCAUCUGCCACAAACCGCACAGAGAAAUCAUAACCACACCGGAGGACGUGGCAGUCAAAUGCCCUCACAAAAUAAACGGUCCUAACUGGAUCCCGUUCAAGAACAACUGCUAUACCUUCCAGCUGGCUGCGACCAGAUGGGAACAGGUGGACAAAGGCCCCGUCCGCAGAACCUGCAGCAACUUCCACGAAGGCGCCGAGGUCUUAACCAUCCGGAACGCGGAGGAGAACGAGUUCAUCCGGCAGCAACUUGUGCCGUUUCAGAAUUUGGUUCAAUUUGUGUGGCUGGGGCUUUUCAAGAACAACACUGUCGGUAAUCAGUGGAAGUGGUACGACGGCACCAAUGUCCAGUUUUCUAACUGGAGAAACGGUAGACCGGAGGUCAACAGUGACUACAUGGCGGGCGUCAACCUCCAAGGCAAAUGGGGUCUGGUCACCAACCCGUUAUUGUUCUCCGAGUUCAAGCAAAGAGCCAUCGUGGCCUGCAAAAUCGAUAAUGAUCUGAAAAAGGAGUUCUUGAAAUCAACGAAAGAUUUUGAGCGCUUUCGGAAUUUGACCUACGAGGUGGUGACGCGCCGCCAGAUGAGUUGGUACCAGGCUCUGGAAGAAUGCGAUAGGCGUGGAGGCCACCUUGCCAGCGUGCACGACGCCGAGCAGAACGCGCACGUCAAGCUGCUGGCCAAGACUGACGGAUUCCCACUUUGGAUCGGUCUGUCCAACCAAGAGGCGCAAGGUCUGUCCUACGAGUGGUCCGACGGGACCCGGUACCGGUUCAAAGCAGAUAUUUCGGAGUCCCUUGAGGGCUCCGGCUCGGAAGAGCGGGAGGCCAGCUGCAUUUACGUGACGCCUUCAGGGGCUUGGGUGAGAAGCGCUUGCCGCUCGCUGCUAGAUGGCGCCAUCUGCUACACCGCCGACAUCAGCACCCCAUCCCAGAGAGCCAAACUCCAGACAAGUUCGAAGGUUGUCAACAACUGCCCUCGAAUUAAUGGCACAUCCAAGUGGGUCCAACAUCACGACUUCUGCUACGCCUUCGACAUGAGCUUCUACAACUACAGCGUCUACGACAUGCGGCAGGCCAAGAACAUCUGUCGCAGCUUGGACGCUGAAUUGCUGUCUGUCAAAAGCAAGGAGGAGAACGACUUUGUGUCAAAAUACGUGACUGACGACCCGCUGAUAACCAGUCGAGUGUGGCUCGCUGUUGAUCUUGAUGCCAAAGGUGCCCCCGUCAAAUGGGAGGACGGAUCCGGGUUGUCCUACUCCAACUGGAAGUCUGAUGCCGUGGUUAAACCCAAGGGGUCCCCGUGCGCUGUCAUGGUCGCCGAGGACGGGGGAUGGGAUCUCGUCGGCUGCGAGUCCAGCCUCAGUCGCGUCGUAUGCCAAACCCGAGCCGGUUCUUCCGGGUCCCCCGUGGCGGUGGGCUUCUUCGUGGUAAUUCUGCUAGCACUGGUGCUAGCUGUGGCCUUCAUCGUGUACAGGAAGAAGCAAGGUCACUUUACCUCCACGGUGCGCUAUAAGAGGACCACCGACCAGGCGGACACCACCAGUAUUCUCACAGAAGCCGAUUGAAAGCAGACGAAAGGUCACCCGUUUGUUGUUUUAGUGAUUAAUUUAUCGAUCAUUUCUCACAGCUGCUUCUAUGAAGAGUGGAACAACAAUGGGACUGCUUGAACGCAGCGUCUUUAAUUUGGCUUGAGAUUUUUUUAGCUGUUUAAAUUUAGCGUUUCACUGUACUUGUUGGGAUUGUUUGUUUGCAAAGUGAUCUGCUUUAUAUUAUUGGCUGCCAUUGACGACGGUAGACGUCCAACCUAUUUGAAGUGGGAGCCUGCCAGUGAAUGGAUUGGACACUUACUAGCUAUAAACUAGUAAUGAACUCAUUUAAAUUCACAGCAGGGUGAGAAAAAAAAACAUAAUUGGACAUCUAUUAUCGUCAAAGGCAGUGAAGGAGUUUAAAGGUUGUUUUUUUUCCCCCAAUUGCACUGGCUUAUGCUCACUCACAAGUUUGUAAAAUGUACUAGUUUUUUUUUAAACCUGUGAUGCCUGAAUUUUGAUUUAACAAAUACAUAUAAAGUAAUAAAGGAAAUACAUACAGUAGGUACAUAAAAAUAGUAUGAAUACAAAAAUACUAUAGAAAAUCAAAGUAAAGUUAAAAAUGAAAAAAAAAAAAAAAAUCUAAAAUUAAAAAAGAAAAGUUAUGUUUUAAAAGUAGAUGUAUUUUUUUUAUUAGAUUAUUUUUUUUAAAUUACAUAAAAAGGAGGAAUUUAUGAUGUCCUUUUUAUUUUUCUGUUUUAUAUUGAUUUUUUAAUGAAAUUAUUUAAUACUAUUUUUUAAAAGAAAUCAAUUUCAUUUUCUAAUAUUUUGUUUUUUAAUUACAGAACAAAGAAUAAAAAUUAAAUUGAAAAUAAAAAAAUAAACUUUGAAAUGGAUUUUUAAUAAAAAUAUAUUUUGUUUUCUACAUUUUUUAUAAGUUUAAAAAUAAUAUAUAUAUUUUUUAAAUUAUAGAAAAAGUCAUAGAAAAUACUCAAUUUAUUAAAUAGAAUAAUCAAUUUAAUUGUUUUUAUUUAUUUAGCUUUAUUUUUAAAUGUGUCUAUGGUUAGUAAUUACUAGGGUUGUUCCGAUCAUGUUUUUUUUUGCUCCCGAUCCGAUCCCGAUCGUUUUAGUUUGAGUAUCUGCUGAUCCCGAUAUUUCCCGAUCCGAUUACUUUUUUUGCUCCCGAUUAAAUUCCAAUCAUUCCCAAUAAUUUUUCCCGAUCAUAUACAUUUUGGCAAUGCAUUAAGAAAAAAAUGAAUAAAACUCGAACGAAUAUAUACAUUCAACAUACAUUACAUAAGUACUGUAUUUGUUUAUUAUGACAAUAAAUCCUCAAGAUGGCAUUUACAUUAACAUUCUUUCUGUGAGAGGGAUCCAUGGAUAGAAAGACUUGUGACUUUGUAUAUUGUGACUAAAUAUUGCCAUCUCGUGUAUUUGUUUAGCUUUCAGUAAAUGAUACUGUGGCCAUGCCCAAAUGCAUGAUGGGUGGAUGUAACACGCCUUUAGCCACCAUGACUGUGCGUAGUGCUACCAAUUGAUAUAUCUUCUCUGCGUUGGGAAAUAACAUAGGGUGUUAAAAAAAAAAGAUCAAUUGCUACAUUGCUUCCCCACAUUGCUUCCCACGAUAUCUCUACUCGUAGGGAGAGGGAUUGUGAGGCUUUAGCCAAUUAAAAAAAGGCUCAUAAGGCUGCCAAAAUUCAUUCUACUCAUUUUAUGCUGCCUUUUAGCUCUCUAUAUAGGUCAAACGGCGCCAUUACAGAUUGUGCGCGACAAUGGGUGAGUGGUUCGUGCAGCGCAUGCAUUAAUUGCAUUAAAUAUUUUAACGUGAUCCUUUUUUUUUUUUUAAUUAAUUACCGUCGUUAUCGGGAUAAAUUUGAUAACCCUAUCUUAAGCCUAAACUAAAGACUCUGGAUGAGUGUAACAUAUUAUGUCUGUAACGUUAAAUACAAUUAGAAAAUAAUUUAAUUAAAAUAUAUACAUAUAUAUAUUCAAAAAAAGGCAUGUCCGAUUUUUUUUGCCGAUUGAGAUACUUUGAAAAUGACGUGAUCGGACCCGAUCGAUCGGGAUCUCUAGUAAUUACUUUUAUGAAUAUUAUUUUCAUGUACUUACGUAUGUAUUCCUUCAAUGAUUUAUGUAUAUUGAUCAAAUGCAAAUUAAGGUAUGUCCCGUUAACUCAUUUAGAGAUUUUUUGGGUCGAUAUGGCUUUUGUUUAUGGUGUGUGCCUUUUAAUUAAGAAAAAUGUCCCUUACUGUGCCUUUUGGAUAUCUUGAAAAGAAAUUGGCGCGCUUACGUCACUGGAAAAGCUUUGGUACAUGCGACCGGCCCAGAGUAACGCACGUCAUGGACGAACCGCAGGUGCGAGCGUCGACACUCGCCCGCCUGCCGUCUGGGUUGUUCUGACCUUUCUAUGCACUUGAAUACUUAGCAAGAAUGCACUUUAACAGCGACAUAUGUUUAACACACUCGAACGCUUGGAUUUGUGUUCGCUGGACACGCUUUGUACAUAGUUGCUGGUGUUUGCUUGACAAACCAAAGACGCUUUUGAAUGUCACUCCUGAGAUUUUUUGUUUAAACUGGAUUUGUGUGAAUAUGUAAAGCGCCACUUUUUUCGUUUAAAAUCAGGUACAGAUUCAGUUCAAUAAAUGCUCCUUCUCUUGGA